AUGUUUUCCCAGUCCCUCUUUUACCUUUCUUCCUUGCUGUCGCUGGCGGCCGCGCAAAGCAUCCAAUUCGAUGGCCGUAUUCCUACGGGAACACAACUCACUGAGUUCGAUGUCGCCAAUGGCAUCUUUGAUCCGUCCAACGUGUUCGGCCAGAACCUCACCUUCAGCAAGCUCCUACAGCUGCCUGCCGUGCAGCCCAAACGAUCAUUAAUGACCAUCCCACCCCCUUCUAGCGACCAAUCUAUCUUCGCGCCUAGCCCGACAAAUAUCCAGACAGGGUUCCGUCGCGCCGAGCUGCUCCCAGCCAGCAACAACGGCACAGACCCAUCCACGACCGGCGUCAAGACCCUUCACUUCAGCCUCAUGAAGAACACCGCCCGCCCGCUGAACCUGUCCCACGAGUACCAGCUCGUCUUCCUCGAGAGCAGCGACUUCAGCACCAACCAGGUCGUGCUCAAGACCGGCACCGUGCUGGGCCAGACCGUCGCCGACCCGGACACCCUGAUGCUCUUCUCGAACGUGAACAACGCCUCGCUGCUGUUCAGCACCAACUUCACGGCCAGUGUGUUUCACAAUUUCGGGUUGACCUUGGAUUUUACCAAAAACACGACCCAGGUCUUCUAUUCUACCGGCACAACGCCGCUUGCACAGGUGACUGAGGCGCUGCCCAACGAUGUCAGUGGGCAGGGACAAUUUCAUUUCGGCCUGCUGAAAAAGCCAGUGAACGGCGGGGCGGAUAUCACCACGAGCGGAGAGCAGCCUGCAGGGAUUGACGAAGGUAUCAUAUAUGGCGGAAUUUUCGAGGAGGACAGUUCGGCGGGAGUCAUCUCCAAGUCCCUCGAGGCAUGA